AUGCGCAUGCUAUCCAACGCUACCCUAAAAGCCUUAACUGGCCUUUCCGCUGCCCUGCUCAUCCCCACCAUCUCCGCGGCCCCCAACGGCCGGUGCGAAGUCGGCGAAACCUGGAGAGACUGGAAAGACUGCCACGGGUUCUUCGAAUGCGCGGCUGGUGGGAUCCCCGUCCGCAAGGUCUGCGGGCCCGGUACCGCCUACAGCCCUCAUAUCGGUGUUUGUGACUAUGAGUGGAAGGUUCCUACUUGUCAUCGCUCCGGUCACGGGAAGGAGGGAGAUCGCCACGGUCAUGGAGAUGACAAGAAGAAGGACCGUCAAGGCCAUGGAGGAGAUGACAAGAAGAAGGACCGUCAAGGCCAUGGAGGAGAUGACAAGCAGAAGGACCGUCAAGGCCAUGGCGGAGACGACAAAAAGAAGGGCCACGAAGAGCAUGGCAAUGACAGGAAGAAAGAGAAUAAUCAUGGCUGGAAGCAAGGCUAUAAGAUAUCUGCCAAUGAGGAAAAGCAGGACGAAGGCAAAUGCCAUGUCGGAUCCGCGUGGCCCGACAAAGAUGACUGCCGCAAGUUCUGGGAGUGUGCUGCUGGCGGCAUUCUUGUCCGCAAGUCCUGCGGGCCUGGGACUGCGUAUAGCCCAGAACUUGGGGUUUGUGAUUAUGAGUGGAAGGUUCGGUCCUGCCGGCGGCAUCAUAAUAACGAUCACGGUGAAUCUUCCGCUAACGACGAUAACGAGAAAUGGGAGGAGCUUGGUCAAAAUGGCGAUGACGAAGGUGACAAAAUCUCGCAGCACGAUGAAUCGUCUCGUGGCGACGACCACUAG